GUGUUAUUAAAUUUGGACACAAGAUGUUAAUAUUUUAAAAAACAAGUCUUUUUCCAGGAAACAAACGGGGAUGAGAUCUAAACCUGAGGAGAUGGAGAUGGAGAUGGGGAGUAAAAGGAAAUUAUAGUUGAUAUAGGCAAAGCCCUAGUAUAGUGAAUAGAAGGUCCAAAGGAAGUGAGUUGGAGCAAAGCUAGGGUUUGAGGCCCAGUUAUUUAGGGGACCAACCCGUGAAAAACGGAGAAUCAGAGGAAGGAAGGAGACGCCCAUGGCAGUGGCAGUGGCAGUGGCAAUGGCAUCGAGAUCUCUGCAGUGCAAACACGGGAAAAGAGAUCGUGAUUAACGGCUUUUUUGUCUUUAGAUAUUAUUAUACAUUUCCUUUCUUUCUUUUUUUUUUUUUUAAUUAUUAUUUUUCUAAUCAUAUUAUUUACAUUAGAUUAUAUUUGUUUGAAGUGUUUGUCUAUAAGGAAUCAAUUCUUAAGGCAUUGACUUGUAAACCCAAAGGCCCCAGAGAGAGAAGAAAAUGAGAUUCCUAAACAAGGAGCCAAAGGAAAUUACUUUCCUUUUCUUUUCUUUUCUUUUCUUUUCUUUUCUUUUCUCUUUAUUUCGUUUCCUUUUUUCUUUGCAAAGGUCAGCAGCAGCAGUAAAACUCUCUCUCUUCUCUCUUUGACAUGGAAAUGUUUUCUUCUUAUUUUAUUUUGUUUGCUUUUCUUUUACUCUAUCAGUAGCUACGUGUGUUUUCGCUUUCUUUUUAUGCUUAAAGUGGAGCCACACAUGUGCAAUCCCAGCUGCUGCUUACUUACUUGCACUUUGUUAUUUGGAUCUAAACUCCAUUGUAACCCAAACCCAAAGUCCAACCCAAGAAUCCAAUGUUUUCUUUUCUUUUUCUCUCUUUUUUCCGAGGUUUAGUCAACUACUACUCUACUCUCCUCCCUCCCUCUUCUCUUCUUUCUAUUUACUCUCUAUAGUGUCAACGCCAAGCUAAAGCUAAGGCUAUAAACCUAGGAACCUUCCUCCUGCCCUUCCUCUCUUGCUAAAUCUUUGCCCUUUGCUUUUUCUCUUUUUUUGUUGGUUUUGUCGUUGUCCCUUACUCUUUAAAUUCCAAUUGAGUAAGACCCACAAUACCUCUACUACUUUGCUAAAUCCUCCUCCUGCUGUUGGCUGUUUCUUGUUUCAGUAUCAGUAUCUCUCUCUCUCUCAAUUUUUUCAGGUUUCAACUUCUCCACACAGUAUCAACAGUUGAUAUUUUCAAGUUGUAAUUUAUCCAUGGAGCACUAUGAAUUUUGGGCUUCAGUACCAAGCAGGAAGAGGAAGUCGCAAGAAGAAGAUCAUGACAUGGUCAGCAUCUGUCUGGAUGAACUCAAUCAAGACCUUCUUGAGAGGGUUCUUUCCUGGCUACCCACUUCCACAUUCUUUCGCCUUAGGUCAGUAUGCAAGAGAUGGAAAUCAGUUGCAGAUUCUACCAGUUUUAAGUUUGCCUGCUCUGAGGUUCCUUCAAGAGAUCCAUGGUUUUUCAUGGUGGAUCCCAAUCUUAACAAAUGGACCGUCUUUGACUCUGCUGAAAGAAGUUGGAAGAAACUCAAUCAUCCAGCUUUCCUCCAGCAUAGCAGCUCUAACUGCGAUUCCAUGCCUGUUGCAGCUUCUGGUGGCUUAGUUUGCUUCCGCAAACAAUCAGGCGCUUUAAUCGUGUGCAAUCCUGUGACAGGAUCUUGUCGCGGAGUCCCUCCAGCUCAUCUAGAAUCAGGAAGUCAAUCCCUUCAUGCUAUUGCAAUGACUACGUAUAUGAAAAAUCAGCAGUCUUAUAAGCUUGUUUUAGUAUCUGGUGAACUACCGAAACUGUCAUGCAGGAUGUAUAAUUCAAGCGCUAAUUGCUGGGAUGAGGAGAUUUUAUUGAAAAGGAAGGUUGAUGAAUCUCAAGAAUUCGACGCAGCUGAUGACAAUGCUGUCUACUUCCUCAGUAAAGCAGGAAAUGUUGUGGCAACUGACAUGCAAAGAAGCCCAUCUAAACAAUAUUCAUCAGUAAUGACUGUUAAAAAUGGAGAGGAAACUGCUUAUUUCCUUAGUUCAUCAGGCACAAUCGUAGCUUGCAAUCUGACCGGCAAGUGCUUCUUUGAGUACCCAAGGCUAUUGCCUGUAUUUUACGAGUACUCAAUCGAUAUAGUGGAAUGCAGAGGAGAAAUGCUAGUUGUAUUGCUAUCAGAAUUUUUUGGAAGUGCAAGCCUCAGGAUAUGGAGGUUCAGUGAAGAUAUUCGAUCUUGGCAACAGAUUGCAGCAAUGCCUCCAGCAAUGUCGCACGAGUUCUAUGGCAAGAAGGUGGAUAUAAACUGUGUUGGAGCUGGUGACCAGAUAUUUAUAUGCUUAAACUCUGCUGAGUUCUUCAGUUACAUAAUGUGUAAUUUGAGGAACAAUGAUUGGGUUGAAUUGCCAAAAUGUUUUAUGAAUGGUGAAGCUGUGGAGUUCAUGUCUGCCUUCUCAUUUGAGCCCAGGAUCGAAGCUUCUGUUUGAGAACAAGAUUCUUUUGCAGAUUAGGAAUGUGCUAAUGAUUGUAAUUGCUAUUUGUGAUACUUUUUCUUUUCUUCUGUUCUUCUCCUUAUUUUUUAUGAUCUGUUGUAAUUUCUUUUUUCUUGUAUUCUUUUUAUGUGAGAUUAUUCUGGGAAAUUAGCCAGUGUAGGUUUGCAUGAAUUUGACGAUGAAAAUUUGUUUGAUUAAUUUAUAACAACACACUGCAGUUUUUCUUUUGCUUCA